AGGCGCGGCUGUGCCUCCCCCCGCGGUGACGCGUCACAUUCCAGCUCAGCGCGUCGCGGAUCCAGCGCGGGCGGCGGACGCGGCUGCCGGACCCCUCGCCCGCCCUUCUCCGCCGCCCCGGCCCUCGGGAGGAUGCGCCGCCGCCCGCGGGCCCCACGAGGCAGACGGCGGAGACCAUGAAGGAGCCUCCCCGCCGGCGGCUGCUCCUGGCUUCCUCCUGCUUCCUCCUGGGCUGCCUGGCCGGGUGAGUCUCCGAGGCAGGAUCCCGCCCCCCGCCCGGGCCGCUUCCGGGCAGCCCCUCGCCUCCGCCGCCUCCGCGGGCUGCGAGGGGAGAUCAGGCGCUGGAGAAGCCUGGAGCGGCCCGGGAGGCGGGGCAUUCCGCUUGGGGAGGAAAGCGAGGCGGCGGGACUCAUCCUGCUCCGCUCCCGUCGUGGUUCGCUCCUGGGAGAGCCGGAGGGGAGUCAGGGAAAGAGUUCUGGCGGUUGCCCCGGGUUCCUGGCGGGGGGAGCGGCUGUGGCGAGCUCAGCCCGGUGGGUCAGGCAGACAGUUAUUUGCCAGGGCAGACCGGGAUUCUUGGUGCUCCCGAGCAGUGAUGUUGUGCCCCUGCACUCCCUUGAGCUUCUGCUCCCCAGUUCUUCAGCCUGGUAGGCUUCCCUGCGGUACAUCUUGGGGGCUUUUUUCCUUUUUGGCUGUUAAUCUGUGUUUGGCAACGUAGUGAACAACUAGCAUGUAGGAUUGUGCUUUCUGUCGAGGGACUACAUUCCUGCAAUAGAUUUUAACUAGUUAAACUACCAUUCUAAACAAGAAAAGUCAGAGGGGGAAAUGGGCCUUGUGUUUGAUAAAUUUACAAAACCAGUUGAACAAUAACGUGCUAUUCUUUGUUAUCAAUGUGUUUUGUCCCACGGGCAUGUAAGAGUGCUUUGAAAGCAGAGCAAAGAUGUAGCUAAAGCACAACACUGGCAAUUUCUGAUGGAAAUAAGUGGAGCUUCAACAUGAAGUCACAGAUCUCCAUCUUCAGGAGGAGAGUAGCAAGCCAGAUAUGCUACAAAAGCUGUUCUGUGACACUUAGGUACCGUAUUUUUUGCUCUAUAAGACUCACUUUUUCCCUCCUAAAAAGUAAGGGGAAAUGUGUGUGCGUCUUAUGGAGCGAAUGCAGGCUGCGCAGCUAUCCCAGAAGCCAGAACAGCAAGAGGGAUUGCUGCUUUCACUGCACAGCGAUCCCUCUUGCUGUUCUGGCUUCUGAGGUUCAGAAUAUUUUUUUUCUUGUUUUCCUCCUCCAAAAACUAGGUGCGUCUUGUGGUCUGGUGCGUGUUAUAGAGCGAAAAAUACGGUACAUACAACCAUAUGCACUAACAGUAUGUUUGUAGGCUGGUGUAUAUUUAUUUUAUUGGCAAGGCUGGAUACAAGUAUGUAUUGGUAUGAUGCAUUAUGACUUGCGCCAAUCUGAAUCCCCCUUUGCUUCCAGAUAAUUUGCUCACAUAAGCAGCUUAUUCAGCAGAUAUUUGGGGGCUUAAUCCUUUCAUUAUUUAUGAAUAACUGAUUAAUUAAUUACAUUUGUAUACCACCCUUCAUCCAUGGAUCUCAGGGCAGUUCACAACAUAAAAAUACAAGAUAAAAACACAAAAUACAUAAUAAAAAGAACAACAAAAAGCCCAUAAACCAAUAAUCCCCUCCGCCCACAAACAUUUAAAAGGGCCUUGUUGAAGAGGAAUGUUUUUGCCUGGAGGGUGAGACUUAAUACCCAUGGAUUCAAGUUACAAUAAAGGAGUUUGUGACUAAAUAUUAGGAAGAACUUUCUGACAGUAAGAGCUUCUUCGACAGUGGAACAGUCUCCCUUGGGAAGUGAAAACUUUCAUUGGAGGUUUUUAAGCAGAAGUUGGGUAGCCAUAUGUCAUAGAUGCUUUAGUUGAGAUUCCUGCAUUGCAGGGGGUUGGACUAGAUGACCCUCGGCGUCCCUUCAAACUUGAUUUAAGCAUGUAUUCUGGCAGCAAUUCUUUAAGCUUGGAGUCUGGCAGGACUUAUUCUUCACAAAUCCAUGCUAACUCCUACAAAUCACUAUAUUAUAAAGAUAUUUGCAGAUUGACUCGUUUAUAAUAUGUUCUAGUUUAUUCCCUUAUGUCAGAGUUAGACUAUCCAGUAUUUAGGUUUUUUGGGUCUUCCUCUUUCACCAUUUUGAAGAUUAGUACAACGUUUGCUUGUCUCAUCCUCGCAUGCAGGCCAUUCUCCAGGAAUACUCAUACUCUGACCCCUCACUUUUCAGGCUGUAUUUGUGAGGGUGCAUCCAAUGCCCUUUUGGGGCAAAACAGGAGUUGAGUAGGUAACUUUUUUUUUUUUUGCGGGUCAGGGCAUAUUUCAUCAUCCUUGCCUCGCCCUCUCAUGGCAUCAGCUAUGAUGUAACUGUAUCUGUCUGUGUAAGUGUGGUUUUGUUCUUUUAACAGAUUACCCAGCUGGCAUGUCUUUUGUAAAGAGAGUCCUUCCUCUGGCUCUUUGCAUUUACCAAAUGAGAACUGUCCCUUGGCAAACAUGGACAAGAACAUCCAGGAAAAGGUAACUGCCUGGAAGAAACUGAACAGCUUUAUUGGGGACUUGCAUGUAGAAUAUGACAUGAAAAAUGUCGUCCUUGCAGGAUUAUUUAAAGGCUGCUUUAAAUUGAGAGGAAAUGUUUAAAUUUGAAACAACAACUCAGAAUGGCUUUCUUUUUCUAUACAUCAUGGAACCUAAAUUAUUGAAACCUAAUGAUUUUCUAAAACAAGCUUAUCUGUGUCUUAAGGUUCCUUUGCCAUCUCUUGAGUUACAUCCAAAGCAGCUUCUGUGAAAUGGCCCUCCCAAAAGCCUCUUCUGGUGGUGACAGCAGGAUCUUUGCCAUGUGUAUCUGAGAAGAUAAAAUCAGACAAUCCCCCAGGCUAGGCCUUUGGAGCAUCUCUCAGAAUGGAUUUGAUGUCACCACAGUGGGUAGUUGGGAAUUCUUCUUCUGCAGGUGCUGCUUUGGAUGCAGCCCGGUGUAAACAGUGCAGCCAUUGUUAAAGAUUUACACAAGGGUGGCCUUGAUUGUUUUUGUUGCAACAGGCCUUGUGGCCCCUUGAAGAAUAAUUAUUUUAAUUACAUAUAUUAUGUACGCUAUCCAAUGUCAUCCUCCUCAUGCAGCAGGAAUGACCCUGUAGGCCAGCUAACUCCAUUAGAUGUCACCCUAUGACAGUGUUUCUCAAACUUGGGUCUCCAGCUGUUGCUGGACUACAAUUCCCUGAUGGGAGUUGUACUCCCAACAACAGCUGGGGACCCAAGUUUGAGAAACACUGCCUCUUGCAUGGGUAGGCAAACUAAGGCCUGGGGGACAGAUCCGGCCCAAUUGCCUUCUAAAUCUGGCCCGCGGAUGGUCCGGGAAUCAGCGUAUUUUCACAUGAGUAGAAUGUGCAUCUCUGGGUUAUUUGUGGGGCCUGCCUAGUGUUUUUACAUGAGUGGAAUAUGUGUUUUUAUUUAAAAUGCAUCUCUGGGUUAUUUGUGGGGCAUAGGAACUCGUUCAUAUUUUAUUCCAAAAUAUAGUCCGACCCCCCACAAGGUCUGAGGAACACUGGACCGGCCCCCUGCUGAAAAAGGUUGCUGACCCCUGGCCUAUGGCAUCAGUCUGCAUCAACUUUGGCCAUAAUGUUUUUGUUUUUUAAGAUGCCAGAGGUCUCUUUGUGUUUGCUAAAUGUCAGUCAUUGUAAGGUCUUAAACAAUUGAAGACACUCUCUAGAUCACAUUUUGGUCCAUGCAAAAUGGUGAAAGUUUAGACUAAAAAAUGUCUUUUAGGAUUAAAAGUACCUCCUCAGAGCCAGCAAGUUUCCCAGCAAAGCUUGGCAGCUGCAUCUAUCUAAAUAUAUUUCUGUAUCUUUCCACUAGGAGGAGACCCAUGGAUCCAUUGGAACAAUGUCUUUGGAACACAUUGACUCCAGUAUAAACACCCAUCCUGAAGAAUGUGUAGUUGACUGCACAAAGCAAAAAGAGGCAAGUCUUUGGGGAUAUGCCUAUUCUUUCAGCCAUGAUCCAUGCCUCUGAGCUUUGGAGCGGUCAUAGCAGCGCUUGAAACUCCCUUGGCGCUAGACAUGUUCCGCUAUAGGGAAUGGUCCGUUGGCAAGCAGUUUCAGAAGUCUUGUCGCGCUGUGCUGUGUCUGAUAAAACUUGAGAUAAAAUUUUCUGCCUGCUGCCUGAGUGAUCUGCCACUGCUUGCUCUGCUGUGUGGGUCAGCUGGUAGGCACUGCAGUCACAGGAGUUGAAUGCCUCCCUGCAUGACUCUAGAUGCUUCCCCUCCUCCAUGUGGCUGCGCCUGCCCUACCUGGUUUGCUUUAGCUGGGCUUCCGUCUCUCCUUCAUCUGCUGCUGUGAGAUAGAGCGAGGGAGGACGGGAUUUUGGGGGAACUUUCCCCUAGGUAGCUAUUGGAAAAGUGCCUCAUGUGUGGUCUAAACCACUGAGCCCCUUGGGCUUGCUGAUCGGAAGGUCAGUGACUUGAAUCCACAUGAUGGGGUGAGCUCCUGUUGCUCUGUCCCAGCUCCUGCCAACCUAGCAAUUUGGAAGCAUACCAGUGCAAGUAGAUAAAUAAGUCCCGCUGUGGCAGGAAGGUAAACGGCGUUUUCGUGCACUCUGGCACUCGUCACAGUGUUCAGUUGUGGCAGAAGCUGUUUAGUAAUGCUGGCCACAUGACCUGGAAAAGCUGUCUGUGGUCAAAUGCCGACUCCUUUGGCCUAAAAAGUGAGAUGAGCACCUCAGCUCCAUAGUCACCUUUGACUGGACUUAACCGUCCAGGGGUCCUUUACAUUUUUUGACUUCUCCCUCCCUCCCACUCUCUCUCCCCUCUCCCCUUCCCUCCCCCCAUUGCAUGGGGGGAGGGGAAGAUCAACACAGAGGGUCCUUUCCACCACCAGGGAUGAGGGGAGAGAGGCUGGAGGGAAUGUUGUGGGGUUGGGGUGCUGAAGAGACUGGGGUGUGUCUCUGUGGCUCAGCUGUGUUUGUGCUUCUCUACAAGAGGGAGGAGACUGAGAAAGAGCAAAGGAGAGAGGGAGCCAUGGGGUGUGUGUGAAAGGUUUUUAUUCUGGAGUAAAUCUGCACCUCAGAGAGCCUGUCUGAGUAUCGGGUGUGAAGGAGCUGCCACUGUGGGAGGAGGGAAGGAGGCUGAUAUCAUCAUACAGUUUAAAGGUUGUGUUGUUUUGCUCCUAUUGGUUGAAGGGUUUGAAGGAUUUAUUUAGCCUUUUAUCUUCCUUUCGGGCAGCACCUCUGUGGAAGCUACAGUGGUUACAUACAGGUUACAUACGCUUCAGGUUACAUACGCUUCAGGUUACAGACUCCGCUAACCCAGAAAUAGUGCUUCAGGUUAAGAACUUUGCUUCAGGAUAAGAACAGAAAUCGGGCUCCGGCGGUGUGGCAGCAGCAGGAGGCCCCCAUUAGCUAAACUGGUGUUUCAGGUUAAGUACGGACCUCCGGAAUGAAUUAAGUAUUUAACCUGAGGUACCACUGUAUACUGUUUUCACCCCGUUAUUUACUUCAUAAAAUGGGUAUAUCAAAUGAGUGCCCUCACAGAGGUUUAAAAAGGAAUUAAACAAUAAAUACCAGCAAAGCCCUUUGACCAACUGGCCAUUGUGGUCUCUGGCUGCUCAGCUCCAACCCUGGCAUCUCUCUGCUGUGAGAGCCCUCAAAGGAAAGUCAGCAUCAGCAACAUUUGUGCAGUGGGUCUUUUCCACCAUUGAACUAGGUAGAGCUGGUUUGGCUGCUAAUCCUGUUUAGGGCAGUCGUUGUAUAGAGGCUUUUCUCAAGGAGUGACUGGGGAACCCAGCCAGAUGGGUGGGGUAUAAAUUAUAACAUGAUUUUUAUUCUUGUUGAGAGUACUAAGUGCAGUACGGUUGCUGAGCUGCAGGGCUGCCUUUGUUUAGCACCCGGCACAGGAUGUUUGGGUGUGAACAGGUGCCUCCUUUGGACUGCCUGAGCUCUCUGGUUCCCUAAGCCACUUGCCCUGGCUCUCAGUAGGAGAACUUGCUCUUCUCCCUUACGUGUUCCUGCACAGGGACCUUGGAGAAGAAAGGUAGGUUGCUCUCCUGUAGCUUAAGUGGUCCUCCUUCCCCACAGUCCUUGUAUCCUCUGAGCUGCUUUUCUCUUUCUCUAGCUUUCUUCUUACGUGCUGCAGCAGUCUUAUUAGCAACCGAGUGAAUAGGCAGGGGCCACACCCCUCCUGGAAGACUGGGGGUAAUCCUCUUGCCAAAAAGCAUUUUCUCACCCACCUCUAGAAGAUUCUGAACAUUGCUCUAUGCAGGUUUCAGAACCUGUGAGCAAUGACAGUUGAAAGACCUAUGGUCACAGGCAAGCGAUACUGAUGCUAUUAAAAAACCAACCCUUACUGGCAAUAUGAAGAAGUCGCUUUUCUGUCGCAUGUAAAUUGAUGGCUUCAAAUGUCUUUAAUCUGCUUGCAGUCCAAGUGUAAAAGUAGUUAGGGAAAAUGCAGAUUUCUAGAUGGGAUGUAAAGAUUUUAUGAAUGCUCACUUCCUUUGCACAAUAGUUUCCUUGUGGACUGCGCUGCCAAGUCUACUGGCACUAUGAGAAUAAGAAGCACUUGAAUUUUCCACAAGGAACCUUAAGUAUUUGCUAGGCUAAUGCAGUUGAGUGCUGCCCCCGUCCCAACAAAUAGAUCCUGAUAGCAGCAUUUCAUAUGUAGUUUGAGUAAGAUGAACCACUUGACUAUCAUGGUGAAUUGUAUUAAGGCUCAAAGGUUAGUUUUUACUUGUCCCAGCUUGCUUGUGGUUGGCUUACCCUGUGAAAUAGCAGCCUUGUAGGCUUCACUAUUCUUUUUUGUGCUUUGAGUAGUUAAAAUAAAUUCUGCAAAUUGGGCAGAUGUUGGAACUGAUUCUAAAGUGUAUAUUGACAUUUUUGAACAGAACAUGGAGAUGGAGGAACUGAGGACACCUGAAGUUGAGGCACAGUCUUCAGUGGAUUCCAAUGAAGGUUCUUUUAGUGUAGCUGAUAUCCCUGAUAGUACUUUCAGCAUAUCUACCUCGGAGAUCUCACCAGUCUCUCAGCCCAAGUAAGCUAUUCCAUUUUUUUGGCCAUUUCUGCAUAGUAUUACAUCAAGAGGCAUUUCGCCUGCUGGAGAUACUUUCUGAUCAAGCAGUUUAUAAUUUUUCUAUUAAAAAAAUUAACCUUUCAUCUGUUCUAAACAGAAACUGAAAGAAGUGUGAACCUGUAAGAUAUUGUCAGGGACUGGAUUGAGAAAUGGUGGCAGCCCCCCCCCCCCCCCGAACCUUCCCAUUGAUUUAGAACAGUGGUUUGCAGAGGGGCAUAGUGCUGAGGGGGAAAGCUGGGAAAUACUGGGUGAGGAGGAAGAGGAAAUACCAGGAGAGAGACAGCUGGCAGAGUCACUGUCAUUAGAAAGCAUUCCUGACCCCCCUUUGCCUAAGACUAGACGGGCUUUGAGAGUGAUAGAACAGAAAGCACAGUGGCAACAAGCUCAGAUUACCCGACGUAGGAGUGAUGUAGAUUAAUGGGUACGGAGGGGGUGAACCUUUACUGGGAGCAAUGCCAUUCCUAGAGAGAUAUGCAUUCCUUUGUCUCUCGCUGUGAUUAUUAAAGAAACAAAUGGUAAGAAUGCUCCUUUCAUUUGAUCUGCUUAUUUACUGCCACCAGGGGAGGGAUCCUAUUCCUCGAAGCCUGACAUAGGUAGCCAACACACUGCAUUAUGUAUUAUAUAUAUGCACUUUAAGAAAACUACACGAGGUUAUCAACUGUUGACUCUCUGACUUGAUUCAUUCAUGGCAGCAACUGAUACCACAUUAGAGUUAGGAAACUGCAUUUGUUUUAAGUUGAAUUAUAUUGACAGGGGUAGUAUUGCUCCAUAGCUAAAGAUUCACUAUUGACAUUUCUAAUAAUGCCAGUGAAAUAAUAAUAAUAAUAAUAAUAAUAAUAAUAAUAAUAAUAAUUUAUUUAUGCCCCACCCACUCUGGGCGGUUUCCAACAGAACACUAAAAUACAAUAACCUAUUAAACAUUAAAAGCUUCCCUAAACAAAUUCCCUACAAUUGCACACUUUCUGCAAGAAAUAAUAGAAUAAGUCAUUUGAGUAGAAGAGUACUCUCCCUCUCAACAGACUAAUUGAGGGUUGGAUGCAUUAUUUAUUAAUAUUAUUAUCCCUCCUUUCUCGCAGACUGGGACUCAAGGCAGUAUAUACAAAUAUAUGCAAAAAUGUAAAAACGUAUAAAAGAUGUUCCCUCACUGCCUCGUUUCAUAUAUUGGGCUAUAUGCAGUUCUUUGUCUUCUGUGGUUACCAGGCAACUGCUUUAAUACAAGGGUGCUUUGAUGUGUCAUGGUAUUAGAAAUUCCAGCAAAAAUAUUAGUUAUUUCAUAGAAGUAAAAAGCAUGUUUGUUUUCUUUUCCUUCAGUGCAAUAGAAAACUCCAGUGCUGAUAUCCCUGUAGCUAGCUCUGCUGAAGCAGAGCAGUCAGAGCCUGACUGUGACCUGGGGGGGGCACUUGAGGGCCAGCCUCAGGGUGACUCUUCGUCUCUUGAUACUUCUCCAGAGGGGUGAGUAUUAAAAUAACUGCUGCCAUAGGCUGUUCCAUUGAUUUUCAUUCUUCUUCUUCUUCUUCUUCUUCUUCUUCUUCUUCUUCUUUUAAUUUUCAUGUCUAUUCAAAGAGAUGCAAGGUGACCAACCAGUGGCGGAUUUACGUGUAAGCUAAGCAAGCUCUAGCUUAGGGCCCCACUCUCUUGGGGGCCCCCAAAAAAUUUAAAGGGGAAAAAACCCCUGGAUGUAAUAGUAAUUAUCUCACUAUUUAUAUACUACUUAAUUGUAUUUCAGUUCAAUAAUUACUUUGAUAAAAUACAUAUUUUGUUAUGUGCAAAUGGCUGUAGAUACCUAUUAGGGCCGUAAAUUACCAUAUAGCAUAUAUUCAACACAAAAAAACAGCAACCAUUUGUUGUUGACAAAGGACAGCUGGACAUAUAAAGGGCCCUUCAGUAGCUUAGGGCCUCAUCAAACAUAAACCCAGCCCUGUGACUAACAGAUAGUAAUAGAUAAAAAAUAAAAACAAACCUAGUCCUUAAAGACCAACCCCCCCCCCCCCGUAUAUGCUCAAGUAAAUAAUCUAACACUAUCCUUGACUAACAAUGUAUUUCUAGAUAAUCAAAGUCAGUAACUCAGAACAGCUUUUUAUUGCCUGACCUUGCAGUUUUGAUUUUCUUUUUCUGCCCCUUCAAUAAGGUUAAUGAGGGGCAGUAUUACUGUACUUGAAAUACUUCUGACCACAUGUCACUUUACAGAAGAAGCUGAAAAAGAAGCAAAAGUUUUUACCAGCAUCCUUGGCUAAGCAGGUUUCCUCUGGCUUGCAUUGCCUGUCCGUGUUGCAGGACAGACUUUUUCACAGUUGAGACCAUACUUGGAAUAUUGCUGCUCUUCACUAAAACACUUAUUUUAUCAAGUUCAAUAGCAACUGACUGGUUCUCUGUGAGAAUUCUGUGCUGUCUAUAUUCUAUGUAUUGGUAUGUAAAAAUAUUUUGAGUUAGGUGUUUCUGAUGUUGCUGUAUUUUCAGCCUUGUAGGUCAACAUAUAGAAAAUAUAUCUUCACAUGGAAAGGGAAAGAUAACUAAAUCAGAAUUCGAACCCAAAGUUCCUGCAACUGAGCAAAAGACCACUCCAAAAUCUGCACUGAAUGCUUCGGGUAACAUAAGAGGGGAGGUAGGUGAUAAUAACCCCAAACACCCUGUAGGGAUACAAAUGGUUCAAGUAAACGUUUAUCUCUCACACUAAAUAUCAAAGAACAUUUUGCUCCCUUUGUGGUUUGACAUUUCUCAGCUUUAUACUUUCUACAGUAUUGGUUCUCAGUGCUUACUUUAAAUGGGCAGGUACUUAACGUGCUGCUUCUGUUACAGCUUACUUUCGACUACUAGCAUAUGAUGCUCAUAUUUCAAAUGUGGAAAAUGCCAAGCACUACUAUUGAUUUUAUGGGACACAGGUGGCGCUGUGGGUUAAACCACAGAGCCUAGGACUUGCCGAUCAGAAGGUCAGCGGUUCGAAUCCCUUCGACGGGGUGAGCUCCUGUUGCUCAGUCCCUGCUCCUGCCAACAUAGCAGUUUGAAAGCACGUCAAAGUGCAAGUAGAUAAAUAGGCAGCGCUUCGGCGGGAAGGUAAACGGCGUUUCCGUGCGCUGCUCUGGUUCGCCAGAAGCGGCUUAGUCAUGCUGGCCACAUGACCCGGAAGCUGUACGCCGGCUCCCUUGGCCAAUAAAGCGAAGUGAGCACUGCAACCCCAGAGUCGGUCACGACUGGACCUAAUGGUCAGGGGUCCCUUUACCUUACUGUUGAUUUUAUUUUAACAUUACUCUCCUGCUUUCAUGUGAAAGCACAUUCAAAAUACAGUAACUACAGCAAAAACAGUGCGGAGACCAGCAGAUAAAAUGCGCCACCCCAGACACUAAACUUGAAAUGCUUGUUGGAAUCAGCUGGUUCGUUCCAUCUUCAUCCCUACCUUGGAACUGGAGGGCAGACUCCUUCCAGAUUUGGUUGUUUACAGGAAGAGCCACAGUUGCAUGGACAGGUUCUUGUGUGACUGUUCCGGUCAGCAGACCCAUCUGGAACUUGGCUCUGCUGCUCUGCCUUGGACAGUCAUCUAGCUGCAAAGUGGUGGCAAAACUGAAACUAACCACAAGAUAGGAUACCAUACCAUUUUUUAAAAAACGACCUAAAUAAAACGUUUGUAAAAGGUUGGUCCUUAACAACUGUAGUUUCCCAGCAUUUUGGAACUUGAGUGAACAUAGGCAACCAUUGUCAAAUCAACAUAUUUCUUCUCAGUUGAAGAUGAACAAUGCAGGCAUUACAGAAAUUCACUCUGAAACAUUGAGAGUUCAUGGCUUAUCCUUUUUAUGAUUUUAAAGGAAAAACAGAAAAAGCAGAAAAGUCAAUGGCAUUGCGAAAAGAAUAAAACUCCACUCCUUUCUUACUGUAAAUAUGUAGUAGCUUUCAGCAAACUGGUGCUUUCUAAAUGUUUUAGAUUACAGCUCCCAUAAGCUCUGACCAUCUCAGCUGGUUCUGAUAGGAUUUGCAAUCCAGAACAUCUAGAAGGCAACGGGCUGGGGAAGGCUAUACUAGAUUCUCUGUUUUGGUAUCUACAACCUUGUAAGUGAUUGGGUUAUUGCCUUCAUGAUAGUCUGAGUACUACUGAGUACCUUAAGGUAUAGUAAGUAUAGUAGGACACACAUUUCAUUCCUUUCUCUAACCAGCACAUUUUCCACAUCACAUUCCCCCCAAAUGCAAGCUGUGUGUAAUGUGUAUGGGUUGCUCGUGCGUAAGUUGCCGCCUCUCCAGGCUUUGUUGCCUUGCUAAACCUUUCAGUCUGAGCAGCCCUUCACUUCGUGGCUGCCUCAGUCGCUAGCAGAAUCCGUCAGUGGGCGUUUCUUAAAUCUUUUCCAACAUAAAAGUUGUUUGACACCUAGUCUCCUCCUACUCUCUCUGUGCGGAAGUCUUCUGCGCAGGGUGGGCGUGGGUAGCGGGGGACCAGUGCUCUCCCCGCUGGUGUCCGGUGAAGAGUCCUGGAGUCCUGGAGCCCUCUCGCCGAUUCCCCCAUCAGCCCCCCUUUAUCCCUGGUGUUGCGCUGAUAUGCUUCCCCAUCUGCGGAGCUGCCUCUCUCCCUGCUGGGCCCUUCUCCAGCAUCAUUUGAGAGCCUUCCCUCCGCCUCUAGCUCCGAUGUCAGUUCCCUGACACUAUGUUUUGCAAAAUAACAAUAAGAAAAAUUGUAAAAGCACUGCUAUGCAAUAGAAUGGUCAGCUUACCAUGCAGCCUGCUGGGCAUAACUUGCCUUUUAAUGUUUGGUUCUUGAAGCCUUACACUGUUUUGAUUGCUUGCCUUAUUGCCUGUCUUGUUGUUUUUUGUUAAUAUCUGAAAACCUUGCAGAGAAAAGUAGGAGAAAUUGACCCAACUUCUGUAAUAAGCCCAAAGGAUCCAGGAGAUAUUCCCACUUUUGAUGAAUGGAAAAAGCAGGUUAUGGAAGUGGAAAAAGAAAAGAGUGAGUUCAGGGGUUUUUUUGGGGGGGGGGGUUGUUGGGUUGUUCUUGAAAACUUUGAACAGACUUAUCCCUUAAAAAUCAAGUAUUUAGUACUGACCCUUUUUUUAUUUAAAAAGAAACUUUCAAAACCCUUCCUAAAGGGGGAGAGACUCUGGUUUUAUGUAUAACUGUAUUUUUUGUUUUGUUCACGAGUUUUGUUAACAAAUGUCCUUUUGCGAUGCAGCGCUUGUCUUUCUCUAACCAGGGGGCCAAGACCACUUGGGGGCCAGGGGCUGCAGUGUCCCAGCCUGAGCUGCAGGGCCUCUUCCCCUGCCUCCUCUUCCUGCUAGCCCAGCUGUAGCCUUUGGGCUGGACCAGUGCCAGCUCCAUCCACUCCUUGUGUGCGGAGUGAAGGUGGCUGGGAAGCAGCAGGAAAAGGAAAGCCUCUCUGCUUUGAGAGGAAGGAAAUCAGAUUGUGAAGCUGGGAAGAGAGGAGGAAAAAGUGAAUGUUAAAGGACCAGGGAGGAAGGAAACUGGCAUGUUGUGGGUGGGUGGAGGAUUAAGGUGCAAGUGAAAGGAGAAUGGGAGAAGAAAUGCCAGGAGGUGGGUAAAAUACUUUGAGAGGCAUGGCGAGGGGAAAUAUAUUUAUAAAAAGUCUUUUCCACGUAGAGACUCUGGAUCAGGAAAUUCUUCCUCCAAUGGAGAGGCUGAGCCACAGUGUUUCCUGAGCCAGGUCCUGUACUUAGCUUGAGGAACACUGAGCUAAGGAACUUUUUCACCACCGUUUUGUGACUGGGGUGAGGGGUGGCCAGUAAUUUUCAGUCCAUGGGAAGAAAGAUAGAGAACCCCUGAUCUAGAUAAACAUACGGCUGUAGUGUAAUCAGCUGUGCAGAGAUCAGUUCCCCCCUGGAACUGUGGUCUUGCCUUCCGUGUCCUUGGUCUGCUGGCAUAAUAACCAGCUCACUAAGACAUCAUAAGUAUCCCAGCCCUACAGAAGGGAGAUGUAAGGGGUGCUCUGUUUUUACAACACAGCCUUUAGUCAUAGCAGUUUCUGUUAGAUAGAUCUCCCAUUAAGCAAGGGCUGAAAUGAUUGUCUAAAUGCAACUGAUUAAGUAUUUUGUACCGUAAAAGAACAAACCAAAGGGUGCCCAGUUUUUAUUUUUGAUAUGACAGAGGUGUUCCCUAAUUUGUUUUUUAAGGACCCUUGUUUCAUUUUCCCGCAUUGCGAUAUCAGAAAUAAGAAUUUGGGCACCCCCUUUAGUUAUUUACUUUGUUGAAUAAAACUAGGACAUUCUGGCCUACAAAAAUGGGGCUUUCCAUGUGGAAGGGCUGCAGAGCCAGCCUGUGGCUGUCUAAUGGGACAGGCUGAACUGGGUGGGGUGUGCAGGCCAGGUGCAAGCCAUGCUCCCGUGCUGCGUCUCGGCCACCUUGGUUCAUGGGAUGCUGCCUCUCUUCCUCUCCAAAUCACUGACCCAAGCCCACCUUCUCCGUGCUGCCUUCGACACAAUCCCCUAUUCCAGCAUUAGUGCAUGUAAUCGAAUCACGUAUUCUUAGUUCUCUUUUGUACUUUGCUGUGAAUUUUCUCAUAUGCACACCUGCUUGAGAUUAAAACCCCACUUGACUCAUCUCCCUAAUCUUCUAGUUUCUACUUGGUGCAGUGUUCGAAAUUAACCAUGCACAUUUUGCUACUGGCAGGGCUCCAACUGCGACCAUGUGGAGAUUUCUGGGCGCUAGGUUGGCGAUCACAGUUGGCAAACCUCUGUCUUAGUCCAUAGUUAAUACAGUGGUACCUCGGGUUAAGUACGUAAUUCAUUCUGGAGGUCCGUACUUAACCUGAAACUGUUCUUAACCUGAAGCACCACUUUAGCUAAUGGGGCCUCCUGCUGCUGCUGCGCCGCCAGAGCACAAUUUCUGUUCUCAACCUGAAGCAAAGUUCUUAACCUGAAGCAAUAUUUCUGGGUUAGCGGAGUCUGUAACCUGAAGCGUAUGUAACCCGAGGUACCACUGUAACCAUUUCAGUUUCAACUGUGUGUGUUUUUCCUAGCCUACUGGGACAAGUGAAUUGCUGUAAGAGCAAGCCACAGUCAAGCAGUGUAGCUGAAACCAUAGAAUUGUAGCAUUGGAAGGGACCCCAAGGGUCAUUUAGUCCAACCCACUGGUGAACAGACAUUCUGUUGUGGCGACCACAACCUAGAUUUCAGUGUGUUGUUUGGCACCUAGCUUACAUACCUGAGUUCAGUGCUUUUUUCCUGGGGGAUGCAGGGGUACAGAUACCCCUGAACAUUUUGUAAACGUUUGUACUUUUGUUAAUUUACUGUAUUUAUUCCCCCCCGAUUUGAACUAUAAAAUGGUGAUUUUCUUGAGUCAAAAUGAGAGUACAGUGGUACCUCUGGAUGCAAACGGCAUCCAUUCCAGAGCCCUGUUCGCAUCCUGAAGUGAACGCAACCCAUGUCUCUGCGUGCACAGGUUGUGAUUCGCCACUUCUGUGCAUGCGCGUGACGUCAUUUUGAGCAUAUGCGUGAGCGGCAAAAGCCGGAAGUAACGCGAUCCGUUACUUCCGGGUCGCCGCGGAGCGCAACCCGAAAACGCUCAAGCCGAAGCUACUUCAGCCCAAGUUAUGACUGUACCCCUAAACUUUUUUUUUAGAAAAAAAGCACUGUUUGAGUUUCUAGCACCAACUUGGUGGGAGCAUUUUUACCUAGGGAAGCAAUGAAAAUGUUUAUCCAUAUAUUGUCUGAAGUUGUACUAUCCAUUCUGUCACGUCCUGAUUCAUAUAUAGACCAGGAAUUUAUGUUCUUUAACUAAGGCAGUAGGUUUAUUAUUUGUGUGAGCCUAUCUGUCUUGAUUUAGAGGGAUUCUGCUUCCCGUGUUAAUGCAUUUGGUUUUUUUAGUCAAAUUUAUAAGAGAAAGUAUAACAUAGAAUUUUGCCUGUUUUUUGGGGGGGGGUUAAAAAUAUAUGGAGUACACAUCAAACCUAAACUUAUUUACUGCUUCAACAAUAUAAAAGGAGUCACUUAAGGCAUACUAUUUGCCAUAUUUAUGAAAUUUACAGAGUACUUCUUUGUUUAGUCAGAAGUAAGAACCACUCUGUUUAAUGGGAGCUUGCUUCCUGGUAACUGUAUAGGAUUAAAAUGCCUUAAUCUGUGGAAUAGACAGGAAUUACUUUUCCUUCUUUCCUUCUUCCUUCUUACUAGACAUUUUGAGUGAUUAAAAUAUUUUUGGCGUCCCAAGAGAUUUCUAAUACUUACCGCACUUUUUUCCUCCUAAAAGGGAACUGUGUGUGCGUCUUAUGGAGCGAAUGCAGGCGGGAGAAGCCGCUCUUGCUGGCUUUUCAGCGAGGUGGGAGAAGGAAAGGAACCUCUCUUCUUCCGGCUCCCUGGAAAGCUGGCAACAGCUGCUGACACUCUCCUCAACUCUCUUUAAAGCAAGAGCUGCGCAGCGUGUCUGCCUGCUCACUGGCUUUUCAACAGCAUGAAGAGGGGGAACUCUGUUCCUUCAGUGUUUUUCCUUCCCUCCCCUUAAACCCCUCUCCUGCAUUCUUAGCAGCCUCCUUCUCCACACCCCCCAUGUGUGCUCCUUGUCCCUUCAGUGAUUUUCAUUCCCUCCCCACUUAAAACGUGGUUACAAAGCACAGAUCCACAUGGAUCCUCAGGAUUUUUGCAUUGGGUCACCCCAAAUUAACCAUCAGAUCACAUAGCAUGUCCAUGGCUACAGCCUGCACCAAAAAAAUCACGCACCCACUGUUGCCUGGGGCCACAAUGGCUCAAAAAUGUGGUUACAAAGCACAGAUCCACAUGGAUUCUCAGGAUUUUUGCAUUGGGCUACCACAUCUUAAUGAUUUUUUUUUCUGCAUCUCCACUUGUGUAAGAAAAAUGAUUACUUUUACAUUUGGGGAGAGAAGGGAUGCACGGCUGCGCUUAUCAGCCAAGAGACCAGUAGCUUUGGACUCCUCAUCCUUAAACCUUUCUAGCUCAGCAGAUUAUUAAAUUAAUCUGUUGGUUACUCCUCCCAAUCCAUUUCCCCAUUGUGAUGUAUAUAUAUGCUGCCUUGUAUAUAAAUCACUUUAGCUUAGAAGCUUGGAAGUAACGGCAUAGUGAUCUUUCUAAUUCGUUGGUAUGCUUCCUUUCGUAUGCAGGUCAGUCAAUGCACCCAUCCUCCAAUGGAGGGCAGCAUCUCACAAAAAAGGUCCAGAAAAAUAGGAAUAAUUAUGCUUCAGUUGAGUGUGGUGCCAAAAUACUGGCAGCUAACCCAGAAGCAAAGGUAAGUAUACCACCUCAAAGGCCAUGUUGGUGGACAUGGCAAUACUAUUGAUGACUUUGUCAGUUAAAUAUAACAAAUAAAUUGGUUUCUUGUGACACUGUUUCAAAGCUGGAGCCUUCUUGGUUCAGUUCUCCCCAGAGAAUACACUGAGAGGAUUCCCACUGCUGCUGGCUUGGGUGGAAAACUCUUUCUGCCAGUCAGCUGGCCCCUUGAGAGGGAAAGAGCUGAAGAGACAACUGGCAGUGUUGGCACCAACGAGAAGUGGCCAUGCCAGCCCAUGAAGGUGAAGUUCCAGACGUUUUGGACUACAAUUCCCGCCAGCUGCAGACAGUAUGGCCAAGGUUUAGGGGGGCUGGGAGUUGUAGUCCAGAACAUCUGGAGGGCUACAGGUUGGAGAAGGAUGAGCUAGAACAACUCUAUUCCAUAAAUUUAUGCUAGAAUAAACUUGUUUAUCUUUAAGGUACCAUAGCACUUCAUCUCAAGAAAGAAAGAAAAGACGCCAGCAUUUUAUGGCAGCCUAGAUGGCAAGGGGCUCUUCAAAAGUCCCACUCCAAAUGGCCCCACCAAUGAAUUAGUAUUGGGGAAGUAAAGUUCAGUGGGAGACUAAGGUUCUUAUGAUAGCAUUGAUGAACUGAAGUUUCAGCUCUAAUUUUUACAUAACUUAAGCAGCACUCCUUAAGCGCUCUAGAAUCUUGUCAGGCUAGGUAACGUAUUAUUAUUAUUAUUAUUAUUAUUAUUAAUGUAUACCACCCUAUACCCACAGGUCUCAGGGCGGUUCACAAGACAAAAUCACAAUAUAAAACCACAAAAAACAUAAUCAAAACAAAAACGACCCAGUACCCCCAAACACAUUUUAAAAGGGCAUGGGAUGUCAUUUAACCCAGCCUUAGAGAUCUAGCUGUGAAUCUGUGGAUGAGAUGUUUCUUAAACUUAGCUCUCCACAAAUUAAUGCCUGCACUGUUUAUUGAUCAUCUUGGUCUUCAUAUUGGAGCAUAAAUUGUCUUGUUCAAAAUGUGCCUGAGUAUUUCUGUUAACACUUCUUUAGAAAGCCAACACUUGUUUCUCCAGGAUUAGCAGAGUAACACGGUGUUACAAACAUAAGAAGAUGCCUUCUUUGUUGAAUCAGGCCUUGGUCCCAUCUGUCUUGCUGGCUGUGGCUCUCUAGGGUUUCAGACAAGUCUUUCCAGGCCUUACCUGGAGAUACUGUAUUUCAAAUCUGGGACCUUCUGCACACAAAAGGUGGUCUCCUGCCGUUGAGCUAUGUCCCUUCCAAAUUGCUGUGUUGCAGUUAAAUACUUUCAGACAACAUGACCUGUCUUCAGGGUUGUUGUCCGUGUUUUAACUGAAAAGGGACACACAAAUAAUACUGUAAAUUAAACCAAAGGCAUGUUGAGAUUUCUAAAAGUACCAGCAGUAAAAAAGAGGCCAGGAUUCUUUUAAGUGUUAUUAACACUUAAUGAAGUGUUAUUUUCCUUCUUUAUAGAGUACAUCAGCAAUACUAAUGGAGAAUAUGGAUCUCUACAUGCUGAAUCCAUGCAGUACUAAAAUCUGGUAAGUAGUUAUACAGCUAAGUGAAAUAAAUAUCUGUUAUGCCACUGAAUUGUCUACAGUUUCUGGCAGGCCUUGGUAGCCAAGCAUUGUAUGCUACUAGCCUCGUGUGAAAUGUGAUUGCAUCAAGUUAUUUCAACAAUUUGUAAAGCAUUUUCAAAGAAGAUACUGGUUUCAUCAGAGGGAAGUUAUACAUAAGAAAUAAUUAUUAAAGAUAUAAAAUGGCUUUGACUUUUAAAUAUAUUAAUUGCACAGCAUCAUGGUUUUUCUUUCUAGUUUUUUUCCAUAUGCAAGUAAAUAAUUUUGUUAAGGUCCAAAUAUUUUCAUAUCAAACAAAAUCAUAACAAAAUCCAAAAUGUAGGGAAAACAUGGAGUUUGGCCAGUGAAGUACCUAUUUUUAUUCCUAAGAAUGUUUCUUGCAAAAGUUUUUCAAGAACUUUUAAGAAGCAGUCCUGUAAUAAAACCUGAUUUUCUGCAUGUAAAAUCCUAUCUUCAGAAUGGUUCAAAAGGUUUUAAUUUGACUAACUUCCAACUGCCUCUGACUGGAAAUUGACCCCUCGCUAGGCUUGGGCUGUGAAGCACAUUGAGCAUUGGCUUAAGGAAGGCUAGUCUGCCCUCUGUAAUGCACCUUUGGUUUUCUAAAGAUCAACUAAAUUCUUACACAGAAUUAUUAACCAUUUCCAACUUGGUUUUCAAAUGUAAACUUCUAAUAACCUGUGCUAGGAAUUCAUCAAAGAAAUGGAAGGAAAUCUGCAGCCCUGCUCUGCAUAAAGUCUGUGCCUCACUCAGCACUUGCCUGAGCAGGAAGGGACUUUUACGGAUUGCUGGUGCUAUCUAUAUGUGAAAUGCACAUGAAGGGCCCUUUGAAGCAGGUUUCCGUGGUGAAUUCUACCUACUCAGUUCAGCUGGACUUUCUCCCCACCUGCCAGGUUUGUCGUUGAGCUGUGUGAACCAAUUCAAGUGAAGCAGCUGGACAUUGCCAACCAUGAGUUAUUCUCAUCUACUCCCAAGGAUUUUCUGGUGUCUAUCAGCGACAGGUAUGUCUCGGGAUAUGAAGGUGAAUGUAAGGUUUCUUUCUUUCACUGCAACAGCUGCUUAAGUUUCAUGAUUUGGGAUGGGCACAUCAUUACCAGUCGUUGGGACACCUAUUUGAUUUGUCAGUCUGUCAUGCCAGCCGGGGGGUGGGCAGGUGGGCAAAUUGGUAAGCAGAAUAUGGUCUUGGUAGUCCACAGCUUUAAAAUGGCCAGCAUUUAAAGCCAAAAUGUACUGAGGUUACCACUGAAAUCCUUUACUCAUCAUCUGCACUAGGUGGCUUAAGCGUUGUCCAUCGUAACCUUGUACCUGCAAUAGAGUAUUUGUGAUGCCCAUUGCAGUAACAGUGAUUUUUGUGUAUUAUAAGGGAGGUUCUGAAUUCGUUGGUUUCUGAGAGGUUACUGUGUGUGUAACAUCUUUCUGGUGGGUGUUGUGUUCUAGGUAUCCAACAAAUAAGUGGGUCAAGCUAGGCACUUUCCAUGCCAGAGAUGAGAGAAAUGUCCAGAGCUUCCCUUUGGAUGAACAGAUGUAUGCCAAAUAUGUAAAGGUAAGUUUCUGCAGUUACUACAAGUUUCUCACUUGUUCUGUUGAUUGUUGUCAUGCCACUUCACAUACCUACCAGAGUGUAUGGCAAUGUAUACACUGCUUGAUUGCAAAGACCCCUCAAAGUGCCUGGCCUUUGUUGUCCAGUCCAACCCUACAGUUCUGUGAUUCCAUGCCAGCAGUGCCAUAGGAGGAUCCAACCAAGUCUGUAUGAAUCACAAGUGUAUGUGAAUACUUCUCAGUACCUAAUCUUAGACAACUGCAAGUUUGGACAGUCAUGACAGAUACCUACAGCUGGAGGACCUCCUUUAAGUGCUCUCUUGGCCGGUGCUGUUGGCAAAGAGAGAAUGCUCCCUGCUGCUGCCUGUUCUCUACACUUUCGCAUUUGCAGCUUCAACUGCAGGUGAAAACAAGCAAGGAAUACUGCUAGGGCACUUUGUAUGUGCCCCGUCAGAUGUUGUUGUACUCUUAACUACCAAAGAUGAGCUACAAGUUGGCCGCCCUUGUUUCAAGACAGAAUAUGCUCUUCACUAACUCUCAUUAUUGUGUUCAGUCCAAAUCCAUUUUUAAAAAGUAGAAAUAAAUAGAGAAUGAAAUAGAACUGCUGGGCAACUUAAAUGCUGCCCCUCAAGGGGAAGGAAAACGGGUGUUUGUCCUUUUAAAAGUGAGUACAACCAUAGGAGCCAACUCCUAGGGUCUAAGGGGGCUCCCCCCCCCCCCCGAUAAAAUAUUUGACGAGGCUGGGUCACUUCAAAGUAGAUUGGCAUUGCCAUUCAAAUGGGGUGUGUGGCCGCGUCAUUGUGCAGGGUGGGUCUUACCUGGGCCCUCCAGUAUUUUAUUCAAGUUUGUACUCCUGACUACAACUGAACUGGCAAACACAUUUGCUUGUUUCAAGUGCAAGAGUUUAAGUUGGGGAAAAACAGCCCUAGAGAUUAUCUCCUGGAUGCUUUAGGUCAGGCACCUCCAACUUCAAGUAGGCUGUGAUCUACUAUCCAGUAUCAAAAACUGGCCGUGAUCUACCACGCUCUCCCAUUGUCAUUCUUCAACUUAAACAUACAAGGUGCGUCUUUUAAAAGAGGCCCCGUGGAACAUGUGUACUCUGUAUCCACGGGGCCUCUUUUAAAGGACUCAUCCUGUAUUAUAUUUGGCUGCUGAAACCCAGCCAGAUGGGCGGGGUAUAAAUAAUAAAUUACUAUUAUGAUGCUAAAAAUAGUAACAUUAUUACCCCCCCACCAGCCUCCCCCCAGGGUCCUUGGCGCACAUGGGAGGCCUACAUGCCCCAAAAUGUCCGGUUCCUUCUUUACCGGACAGCAAGCUCUGUGGGGCGGGGGGCUUACUUUCAAGUAAAUGCUGCUAGGCUGGAGCUGGAAAGGUCCAUGCAGAACUAGGAGGGAGAGCGGAGGGGCGGGGGACCUGGUGUUUUCUUUCCAUGGGAACCACCGGGAGAGGGGGGAGGGGCAUCAUCGUCUCUCUGCGCACCGCCCUUCCUGCGGCUCCCUCCGCAGUGCUGCAGCCCAUGUGCCCCCCCCGCCUCUCUGCUUGUGGCUUGCAUGGGGCGGAGGUAGACGCCUCACGCCUUUCCGGGACUGGCCAGCUGGCUGGGCAUUGGGCAGAGCCAGCGGUUGGAGAGGAGUGCUUGAGGAGGUGGCCCCAGCACCUGCCAGAGCAAGCCUGGCUAAGUGGAGCCUUGACCGCCAUGCCGCCUGUGGAGUCGCUCUGGCCGUGGCCGAGUGCGCACUGAGAGCGCCCGGCAGCCAUGAGCGAGGGCGGAGGCGACGAGGCAUGGUUGUGCAAUCAACCAAAAUCCAUCCUGCGAUCGACCGGUUGAUAGUGAUUGACAGGUUGGACAUGUCUGCUGUAGGCCAUCCGGUUGUCUGACUUUAGGGCAAAUUGUUGUUUGCAGGAUGCUUCCUUGCGAUGGGCUGCGUGUGUGAUAAAUGCAUGUCUCCUCUGUGCCAGCGCCAGCUGUUCCAAUGCAGUUUGAGACCCCGAGGAGUUGCCCUGUCCCCUCAGAUCCUCAUCACAGGGGAUGUUUUGCAGCAUCCCCUGUGGAAUCUCCGCUGACAGUCCCAGUUUCUGCCUAGUCACCAGUAUUCAGCUCCUGCUGCCCCUCAUCUGUGAAGCGGGGGUCAUUUGCGUGGAACCACUGUAUGCCAAAAGGGGCACCUCAUGUUGUAGGGCAAAUAGUUGUGAAGUUGUGCUCAGUAAAGGCACUACAUGGGGGAGAAAGAAGAAUAGUUGCGCUUGGAUGCCGGUGCAGAGAGCGGCUUCAGGACCUGUUGGGCUUCGUGGGAAGAAUGUCAGCCGUCUGCUUCUCAUGCAUAGGGAGCCCCAUCUCAGGUCGCUGCCCUUUCAAAAUCUUCAACUUCCUUUUUUUUUUCUAAGAGAAAACGAAGAGGGUUACGAAAGGUGAAUGGAAACGUGGAAGGGGGGAAAACAUGGCUUAAAAAAUCAGGUGAAAAAUAAAAUACUGCGAAAGUAGCUGCUGGUUUUCCAGGUACAUACAUCUGUGGGAAUAUUGUUCGCAACCAGAGGUUUUGUACGUGAGAAGAUGGACUGGAGCCCAAAUUUAUUAAUAAUAAGAAUAAUAAUUCAUUAUUUGUACCUCGCCCAUCUGGCUGGGUUGCCUCAGCCACUUUGGGCAGCUUCCAGCAUAUAUAAAAACACAGUAAAACAUUAAACCUCAAAAAGCUUCCCUGUAUAGGGCUGCCUUCACAUGUCUUCUAAAAGUUGUGUAAUUCUUCCCCGCCCCCCCUGCUUAUUUCCAUGCUUAUUACAUACGGGGGGGGGGGAGACAAUACCGAAAAGGGGUACAACUUAAGAGGGGAGGGAAAAGGAAAGAAAAUGAAAUUUACACAAUUUCAUGUUACAAUAAAAAUAAAAAUCUCAUUAUCAUUUAUACCCGACCUCCCAUUUAUUCCUUAAUUCUUUUUACAUAAAUUUAAUGCCAUAUCAAAAUACUAUUUUCAUAUUAAUAUUUUCACAAUUUAUAAAUGUUUAUAUAAGCAAUUAAUGAAAACUGCUGGGAUCACUCAAAAGCUGCUACAGAUUUUAACAAGGUAUAAUUUUGUUUAAGAUAUGUUCUGAAGGCCUCCCAUUUUGAUACAAAUUCAAUUCUCUUUAUUUUUUAUUUUUUCAGAUACACUAUCUAAUUCAGCAUAUUCAAUCAAUUUUUGUAUCCACUCUUGUCUAGAAGGAAUUAUGUCGCUCUUCCACCUUGUAGCUAUAAGAACUCUCACUGCCACUGUUGCAUACAAAAAGGGUCUUUAAUUUUUUUAGGAAUAUCUGAAUCAGUAAUGCCCAACAGAUAUGCCUCUGGUUUCCUAAUAAAUGAGAUUCUUAACAUUUUUUCUAGUUCAAAGUGGAUUUCCUCCCAAUAUUUCUUUAUUUUGCUACAUUACCACCAUAUAUGGUACAGUGAGCCUGUUUGGUCUCCACAUCUCCAGCAAUUACUUUUGGCUCCUUAGUAUAUUUUGGCUAAUUUCCAUUGAGUUAAAUACCACCGGUGUUGCAUUUUAAACAAGUUUUCCUUUAUGGCAUAUCACGUAGUAAAUUUCCAACUAUUCUUCCACAGGUUUUCUCAUUGGGAUAUUGUUAUAACAUACCCAAACUCUUGAGACCACUUUAUCAUGACUGAUGUAACUUCCCAGUCGAGGAGGAGGCGAUAAGCUUUAGAGAGGGUUUUACUUUUUGAAUUUAUUACGUCAGAUUCAAAUCUCGAGGUUUCCUUGGCAAACCCUUUUUGUUUAUCUACUUUAAAUCUUUCGAAUAUUUGAUAAUAUUGGAACCAAUCUGUAAUGACAUCUCUUAAUUCCUCAAAGCUCUUAAGUUUCAGUUGGUUCUCUUCUUCUUUCAAAAGCGUUUUAUAGGUAGACCAAUUUUCCAACAUAUUCUUUUUCUUCAUCACUGUGGCCUCUACUGGAGAGGCCCACCACGGGAUUUUGAACUCCAGCCGAUCUUUAUAUUUCUCCCAAACUUUAAGAAGUGAUGUCCUUAUGAUAUGAUUUGAGAAAUCUCUGUGUAUUUUUGCCUUUCCAUAUAUUAAAUAAGCGUGCCAACCCCAACGGUUAUUAUGUCCCUCCAAGUUCAGCAUAUCCAUAUCUUUCAAAUUGCACCAGUCCUUCAUCCACAUGAGGCAGGCUGCCGCAUAAUACAAUUUCAAAUCGGGCAGGGCGAAGCCACCUCUAUCCUUUAUAUCUAUUAAAAUUUGAUGUUUAAUCCUGGGUCUCCUGCCCUCCCUUAUAAAUUUAGAUAUUUCUUGUUGCCAUUUUUUGAGGCCGCCAGAAUUGGGAUCAUUUGAAAUAAGAAAACCAGUCUAGGGUUUAAAAAGCUUCCCUAUACAGGGCUGCCUUCACAUGCCUUCCAAAAGUUGUGUAAUUCUUUAUCUCCUUGACAUCUGAAGGGAGGGUGUUCCACAGGGAGGGCGCCACUACCGAGAAGGCCCUCUGCCUGGUUCCCUGUAACUUGGCUUCUCACAAUGAGGGAACCACCAGAAGGCCCUCAGAGCUGGGUCUCAGUGUCCAGGCUGAACGAUGGAGGUGGAGACGCUCCUUCAGGUAUACUGGACCGAGGCCGUUUAGGGCUUUAAAGGUCAGCACCAACACUUUGAAUUGUGCUCGGAAACAUACCAGUGUUUCCAGUGAAGAUCCUUCAGGACCAGUGCUAUGUGAUCUCGGCCACUCCUAGUCAUCAAAACAUCAGAUAAGGAGAAUUAAAAUACAGAUUAUAGGAACAUAAACAAAAUCUUUGGAUUUGCAUGCAAACAUAGGAGUUUAACAAUUCCUGAACAUGAACAGCCAGCCUUUUAGAAAGUAAAUAUAAUACCCCAAGUAAAAUAGUAUGUGCUGUGUUCCUACCUUGGUUAGAUUUUUAAAAAAUAUACACAAAGGUAGGAAUGAAACAUAAAACUGCGAAGCUUCUUCAUAUUCAUAAUUUCUACCUUAAUGGGACUGUACGUAACGUGAUUUAUGUUUGAUUUUCUAAGCCAGAGCUAUGCAAACUCUGUAGCAACACGUUAGUGUGUCAGCUGCAGUGCGUGAAUGCUCCCCAUGCUCCUCCCGGGGCUGGAAAGGGGUUAGUUUAACUUCCGGUUUGCUAGUAAAACUGAAUUAAUGUGUCACGAAAUAAUGCAUUUCUUAAAAGGGUGUCGCUAAGAUGACAAUUUUGGAAAGCUCUGUUCUAACCUAAUAUCUUAAAAUAGAGAAGCCAUUAUAUUUUGGCAGAUCAGUAACUGAUAUUUGCAAGAGGCAACCUUAGGUUUUUUUUAGUUGUCUUCCAAAAACUACCUGUAGGUUUAUUUUUUCUGCUGUAGUGCAGUUAGAAGAAAUCCAAAAGUAACAGAUUUAGGAAGUAGAAACUAAUUUUAUAUUACACAGUUAACAAAUGAAAACAUCUGAUAGCAGUGUUUUUUCCUUGGUAUACAGUCGGUACUGUAAUUUUUAUGCAUGUCAAAGUUUUAAUCAUAUAACAAGAAGCUGCAAUUUUACUCUGCAUGUUGUUGUAGACAUUAAUGUGCAUCUUCCCUUCCCUUGCAAAUGCAUCCUUUGUAGCGAUUAUUUGGGGCGGGAGGCAAAGAGGGAAGGAAGGGUAACACAGUGGUCAUGUUCCGUAAUUCCUUAAGUCGCUAAUAUUGUUGCCUGUGGCAUGCAUACAGUCUAUUGACACUUCUUUCCCCCCUUUUCUCUUGCUUCAGAUGUUCAUCAAGUACUUAAAGGUUAGCAACCUCUUCGUAACGUUGGGUGCCUAGAACACGGGUGUAUUCUGUGGCUCUGCACACUAAUGCAUGGCAAGAAUUAGAGUCGGGCAAGAUCUUUUCUGUUACCGCAUGGCUAAUAUAAACAUUCUUUUUCUAUUUUGUUAUGAAAACUGUUACUUGGUGCACCUGCAGGCCAUUCAUUAUUAAAUGCUUUUUUAUUAUUCUUCAGGUGGAGUUGGUAUCACAUUUUGGAUCAGAACACUUUUGUCCUUUAAGCCUUAUAAGGUAAUAGUUGAUGAAAUUGAGCAGAUGCAUCUAGUCUCCUGUCCCCGUGAAACAUAUUUUUCUGGUGCUGCCGCCCCCCACUCCACUCCCCAAAUAACUAAUAACCCCAGCCACUGAGUUUCAAAAACGCAUUGGUGUUUGCAAAAGCCAUUUAUAUAGAAAGACUUGAUAACACUCACUGUAACAGAUAUCUUGAGAACUAAUUGGCUUUAUCUAUAAAGUUGUGAAACAUGUGAAGUCUUGAAACAGUGGGAGCUUUCAUCUGCUAUGCAUCUCAGUUUUACACAGGAUACCAGGUAGACAAACUCCCUCUGAGGAGAUGAAAACUGCCUCCGUUUCCAUUUUAAUUAAACACGUUUUUUUACAGGGUGUUUGGAACUAGCAUGGUUGAAGAAUAUGAAGAAAUAGCUGAUUCACAGUACCAGUCUGAAAGGCAAGAGCUUUUUGAUGAAGACUAUGGUAAGGAAGCAGGCUGGUCACAAUUUAAGAUUAGCUUGAAUUUUUUGCUAAUCAUUUCUAAAUAAUAAGCGAACCCAGAAUGCUGGGCAGGCAAGGGGGCUAAAAGAAGUACUGAGGAAACUAAGUUGGACAGGGAGGAAGCCUGACAAAGACCAGCCAUGGUGAAGGAUUAGAAAUGGUGAGGUGAGCUUUUUGUAUAUUGCAAUUACCUUUGAGAUCAUUGUGAUAUUGAUCUAAAACUAUAGCUGUGAAAACUCGGGCUGAGGGGUUAAUUGAAGCAAAUUUUAAGCAGACCUUUGCAAACUAUAAGGGCCAGAAAGUGCAUUUCCUAAACCUGGUGAGAUUUCAGUAAGAGAAGUGGCUGAAUAAGACUGCAGUCAGAGAACGGGAUUUAGUGCCUUACAAAAACCUUUAAUUUCUUGCAAGAUCAGCAGAAAUGGAAUUAAUUAUGCAGAAUAAAUGGUGCAAAUUGCACAGAUUCUGUCAGAUUCACCUUCCCUAGGCUUACAAUUCCUGAUUUUUUUUUUAGUAUCCUUCCAUGAGCCAUGGGCUUUCCCUUCAAAGGUCUACACCUUUAAAAAGACCCAUAUCCAGGAACAUUUUUCAAAGGGGCCCAAAGUCCAGCAAACAGUAGCAGAGCAGCAAGAUUGUAAUUUGCUAGAUUUGUUAAAGUGCUUCAGUUUUACUAAAUAUUAAUAAAAUUGUAUCAAAAUUAAAAAGAAGGCUCUUGUGCCUUGUAAGUUAGCCUCAUCAUGUUUGCAUUCAUUGUUCAUAGCAUUGUAAGGCAAGAGAUUUAGUUUCACAGUCAAUUGGGCAGAAUACUGACUGCAUGUUUUUCCCUCUGCCCCCACAAGUAAGAUGACUGGAGACAUGAAAAUUUGGCUAGGAGGCUGGAAUAUAUUUUGACAGAACUAUGCCUCCUUGUGUCUAGAACCUUGUCUCCAUAAGUUUCAUUAAAAAGGCAGUUUAGCCCAAUGCAGAUUUUCCCAUCACCACAACUCUAUGAUGGCAAAAGCCAUACCUAGGGGCAGUUUUUGAGUCUCAGCCGGAACUUGAUGAGGUCAGGGUGAGACCCACAAGGCACUGGGGAAGGGGGGGGGCUUCAUUUUACAAAUUGCAGUGAGAGACAUCCUCAGCUGGACACCUCUGGAUGGGCUCCUGCGUCAGGCAGCAGCUUCCCCUUUGCAGUGGCAGGCGGCUUUCCUUGGGGUGGCAGAGGGCAGGGGAGAGAGAGCAGUCCUGCUGGGGCAGCGAUGGGCUAAGAAGAGGCAAGGGCAGCGCCUUCCUCCCCAAGGGCUCUCGAGGGGCAGAGAGCUUUCGACCUGGAUUUGACAUGAAGAAGUUAAUAUUUUGUCUUGGGAGUAUUUUAAUAGAAAGAUGACAUACAAAAAUUUUAGCACCAUCUAUUCUAGUCACUUUAUGAAGUGCUCUUGAGAUAAAAAGGUGUGUGAUUUGCAAUUAAGUGUUUUCUUCUAUUGUAAACAGAUUAUCCUUUGGACUACAAUGCAGGAGAAGAGAAAUCUUCAAAAAAUCUUCUUGGCUCUGCCACAAGUGAGUAAUUACAGGGAUGUGUUUUUGAGGGGGAGCUAAGGUACUCUACACAUUCUUAGAAUCCAUGUAGGAAAGAGUCCAGAAAUUUAGCUUGAAAUGCAUAAAGGGCAGAGACAGACAUUUGCCAGCUGUAUGGAAAAGUUGGAAAUUUCUCUAACAGAAGCAGCAUUGCUUGUAAAGAUUUCCGUGAUUUCCACUUGCACAUUAUCUCGUUGUGUAGUGGCUAGUCUGGGGCUGGGGAGACCUGGGUCUACUUCCCCACUUGUUCCUUGGAGCUAAUUGGAUCACCUUAGGCUGAGAGCUGGGCUUGUGUGACCAUCUGUUUGGGCAGAUGGAAGAAUUCCUUCCUCUUCCCCCUCCCCUCAGAUACAGUGGUGCGUCGCAAGAUGAAAUUAAUCCGUUCCGCGAGUCUCUUCGUCUUGCGGUUUUUUCGUCUUGCGAAGCACGGCUAUUAGCGGCUUAGCGGCUUUAAGAAAAAGGAAACAAACUCGCAAGAACUUGCAAGACGUUUCGUCUUGUGAAGCAAGCCCAUAGGGAAAUUCGUCUUGCGGAACGACUCAAAAAACGGAAAACUCUUUCGUCUAGCGAGUUUUUCAUCUUGCGAGGCGUUCGUCUUGCGGGGCACCACUGUACUAACAAUGGGGCAAGUGGCUAAGACCAAUCAAGCAACUUGGUUCAGUUUUGGUUUGGGUUGACUCUCUGGAACUCAGUGCAGCAAUAGUUUCCUGCUGUCUAACAAAGGCUGCAUCUACACAGCUACUAAGAACACUCUGAAAAUGCUUGGGAAAAACCGUUUUAAAGCUCACAGUGGAAAAUUUCAUUCCGAUUUCAGCUCUAAAGCGCCAUCUGGUGUCACAGUGUUAUAAUGCAUUUAUAAUGUUUUAUUUUUACUAAUACAGUGGUACCUCGGGUUAAGAAUUUAAUUCGUUCUGGAGGUCCAUUCUUAACCUGAAACUGUUCUUAACCUAAGGUACUACUUUAGCUAAUGGGGGCCUCGCACUGCUGCUGUGCCACCGGAGCACGAUUUCUGUUCUCAUCCUGAAGCAAAAAUAGUACCUGAGGUACUAUUUCUGGGUUAGCGGAGUCUGUAACCUGAAGCAUCUCUAACUCGAGGUUCCACUGAAUAGCUGAGUCCAAAGAUAACUACUUUCUCAGUUCUGAGAAACACAGGCAAAUGGUUGGUUUGAAGAGUGAUCUUGCUUGACAUGGGCUGUUAAAUGCAAAUACCUGGACUUCCCCCAGCACUUUCUCUGCAGGGCGGAUGCUGCUCAGCCACCCCUGGGGAGGGUGUGCUUGGGUGAACUGAGCCUUGGCCACACUUGGGACUCAGCACUACAUUUGGGGUGCGCAGUUUGGCUAUGUGUGCAUAAUGUGCUACCCAGAAACUGCACCAGCACACCAGACAGUGAAACGCAUGUGGGAAGGAGCAGCUUUGAAAAGACUGGUUUUCUGCAGGCUUUCUUGUGAUUUUUAAAAUUUGUCUAUUUGAUCCUUUUAUUUUUUUAGAUGCCAUUUUGAAUAUGGUGAAUAUUGCUGCUAAUAUACUUGGAGCAAAAACUGAAGAAGACUCAACUGACCAAGGUAAAUUAUUGCAACUUGUUAAAGUGAAGUGACCUUUUUAAAUAGAUGUGGGGUUGGUUUUUUCCGGCUCCAGCUGGAUUUUCUUUCCACUUCUCCAUAGUGAAGACUUUCCCCCGGUUAUCUAAGCCACUGGUAGAUGCACCAGUAGCUGUGCUAAGCAGUUCUGGCUCUGGAUGGCAGUAGCCUUCCAGAGAUCCAUGCAGCAUGCAAACCCCUUUCCUUCUGCGCUGUGUCCUCCUAUGGCCAAUUCACCAUUUUAUUGGUUGAUCUACUUACCCACAACCUGAGUCUCCUCAGGGUGGGGUUGUUGUGUCGUUUUUUUGGGACACCCUCAGGGAGCCUGGUCUGUGGCUGCUUAAACAGACUCCUCCCAAAAAAUCUGAAAUGUGUGCGCAAUCCUACGUCCCCUCAUCAGAUGUCACUCUUGGAUGGCACCUCUAAGACCCCUGUUAGUGCACUGCUGAUGAGAACUUCUGCCAUUAGUGGGCUACCAAUCUGCCAGUUGCAGAGGCAGAGGAGCUUCUUAUGCUUCAGUUUCGCAGGCAGACCCUUUCAGUACUACACAGUCCCAUUUUGUUUGUAAUUGUCAUGGUUUGUUUUAGCACACCUGUGUCCAGGGUGCCGGAGUACCCUAACCUGGAUGACAUAAUGAUAGCAGCAGCAGCAGCAGCAACAAUUUAAUAUUUAUAUACUGCCCAUCUUGAGUGGGUUGCCUCAGCCACUCUGGGCGGCUUCCAACACAUAUAAAAACAUAAUAAGAUGUCAGACAGCAAAAACUUCCUGAUACAGGGCUGCCUUCUGAUGUCUUCUAAAACCUCUGCCUGGUUCCCCGUAACCUCCCUUCUCGCAGUGAGGGAACCACCAGAGGAGCCUCGGAGCUGGACCUCACUGUCCGGGCUGAUGCUAGAGAAAUGCCUAACUACAUCUGUAUGGAUGGAGACUUCUAAGGCAAGCAGCUUUUCUCAGUCCUCCCCAUAGUUCUCCAGCUCUCUACAUGGGAUCUGAGCACUGCUCUGAAUGCUCUCUCAAAACUCCAUUUCUCAGCUAUGGCUCUGUAUACUCUUAAGAGUUGCCUGCUGAAAACAGCCUUCUACAUGGAAAUGCAGUUUUCUCAGAGUUUGAGAAAUGUUGUUCUUUCCAUAGGUUUACGGCUGGGUCCAUUUGUUCCAGGGCUAGCUGUCUAGUUCAGUAUUGCCUGGUCAAACCAACAGUGGCUGUCUGAGUUUGCAGAGAAGAGUCUUUCAAUCCCAGACCUGCCUGAAGAUGUUGGGAUUGAGCCCCUGACCAUUAGAUGAUAAAAGCGUAUGCUGCAUCUCUGCAUUAUGACCUUGCUCACAGGGAGUGUUUGACCUAGCAGCCAACUACAGUGUAUGGGGCAGCAGAGACUAGACUUGAGGACUGUAUAAACACACUAGUUUGGAAGUCUAUUUCAAGGCCCUCCUUCCCUGUCCUUGUCCUUCUGUUUUUCUGCUAUGGUUCUUAUUAUAGUUAGGAAUGAGGCAUUUCCUUUCAAGAUUCUGGGCUUGGUUUUGGGAGGUAAAGGAGGAUGGCUGUCCCUUUGCAUUAAACUUUCAACCAACAGCCCUGCCUGGUUACAGAGGAGGAUUUUUUAAAAAAAAUCACAAGUCCAUUUCACAGGCCAUUAGUUUUUAUUUUUAUUCUCUGUAUUUAACAGUCUUAUAUGGAAUGUGGUGUCUUAUAAAUCUGCAUGUCUCUUUGAUAGGAAAUAAAAGUGUCUCUGAAAAUACAACUGCCACUUCCUGGCCAGAACCUAAACUGCCGGAGCCCACUACCAUUCCCUCCUUAGAGUAAGUGAUUUGCUUAUGUGUUGGACUUGAAGCUGCCCAGACCCAGAGUCUUUUUUAGCAGAUUGCAAAUAAUAUAAAUACUGUACAAUCAAAAGUACCAUUAAGUUCAGAGCCCACAUGCUUCCCCAUCUCUGUCCUCACCCACGUCCAUUACUCUUGGCUUGAUCAUCCUUCCCUGGCUUGUAUUCCCAGCAUGACCUCAGCCCUUAGUCAGCCUUUCCUGGGCCCUGCAAUACAGCUCUGCCUUGGAAUAGUUUAAAUCUUCACCUAGUGCCUUGUAUGGCGGGGGAGCUCCAUUCUCUCUCACUCUUGACCCAUUUCCCAGAACAGUUGCAGUCAAAUUUAAAAUAUAUUUGGUCCAAAAAUAACUUCCUGACCCUCAGUGAUCCUGUAGUAUACAAGACCUUGAUAUGAAACUCUGGCCAUAUAUGGAAUUGCAGGGCAGAUCUCUGAAGCCAGACUCUUUAGGGGUAGGUUAGGAGAAUGGCAGUAACGGUUUUAGGGAUCUGCUAAACUGCAUCUUGAUGUGUACUUCUAAACUUCUGUUUAUAGGCUUGUUACUUCAGAGAUCCUACAAAUGGAUAAAGAGCUGCUAGUCUUAGAUGCAACAAGAGAGAGCCCGAUUGUUCAGUUAGUCCAUGAAUAUGAAGAGGAAGCAAUUCAGUCCACAGUGACCUUACUGCCCAGUGAUGAGCAGGAAGAAGACAUACCAUGGUUUGAGUCUGAAACACAAAUCUAUUGCUACGAACUAUUGACAGUCUGUUGCAUUUCCAGUUUCUCAGAGUAUCUGUACAAGUGGUGUUCAGUGGUAGCGACACUUCACCGUUACCGUAGUAAAAGUGACACUAGUUGGGAAAAAUACUACUCGGCUGCUACUUGGCAGGCCCAGCUAGUUCCAACCAAAUCGUUGCCAGUUUUGGUGCAUGAACAUCCUUCAGAGAAAUUGGACACUUUAAUUGCAGAGCCAUCUGAAACUGUUGUCAGUGUCUUAAGUAGCAUCUUGAAUGGGGCUGUGAUCAAUCAGACAGAGGGCACUUUUGAACUGGAGCCCAGUCACCCACAAACUGUGUCUCAGUCCAUUCUCUUGGAUGCUACCACAGGAGCUGAGUUCCUGUCCACAGUUGAGGCAUCCUCGGAACCUACAAAACUUGAAGCCGUAUCUGAAACCCCAGAGGCCCCUUCACAAGAGGAAAGUCCUACUGAAGAAGAUGGAGUUGUUGGGUCUGCUGCAGAGAAUCCAUCUGCAACCAGCAUUGUAAUUGAAUUCAGUGACAUGAACACAGAUGAAAAAACCUCAACUGAAAUUAUUUCAAAACCGACAGAGACUAUUCCACAGUCUGAAUGUACAGUAGCUGCAGAAAGCUAUGAGGGCGAAGCAAAAAUUAGUUCUUCAGAUGCGGAAAAGCAAGUGGUGUCUCUUGUGGAAACAUCAUCUUUAGAAAUAAAGGACGAUGAACAGACAGCUGAGGAAGCAUUUCUUGCUAUUCCUGUUUCUGGAUUGCCACGGACAGCUACAGAUUUUUAUGCCGAAUUGCAGAAUUCCACAGACUUGGGUUAUGGAAAUGGGAAUCUUGUUCACGGAUCAAAUCAAAAAGAGUCUGUGUUUAUGAGACUCAAUAACCGCAUUAAAGCCCUGGAAGUGAAUAUGUCUCUCAGCAGCCGCUACUUGGAAGAACUGAGUCAAAGGUAGGUCUAGCUUUCCAUAGCCUUGUAUUUUCACUUCUGAGACGUUUUAAAAGUUGAUGAAGAAAAUCGGUGGGACUAAAUUAACUGCUUGCACCCUGAGUAUGAGCUGAGCAGCUCCAAAAGCUCUAAAAGGAGAUCACUCACAUUCCUAGGGAGGUGGUUCUCUAAGCUUCUUUUGAGGGGUGCUCCUGUUUCCUUACUAAGACAGUUGAGGAACUUUCUGUUAGCUAAAGUACGUUCAGUGGUUUAAGAGUGAUACACAUCAAGUGUUCUUAGGAAAGCAUGAAGGCCAGGAAGUGCAGCUUAACUGCACUGGGCAAGAUUUCUUCUGCGUGUUCCAAACGUCAAAUUUUGCUUCAAGGUGCAAAGGGCCCUUGUGCACAUUUAGAAAAAUGAUUUAAGCUAGAUGCUUACGAAAGUAUCCUUUUCAAGGGGUAUAGAGAAAACUGUAUACAGUGGUACCUCGGGUUAAGUACUUAAUUCAUUCUGGAGUUCCGUUCUUAACCUGAAACUGUUCUUAACCUGAAGCACCACUUUAGCUAAUGGGGCCUCCUGCUGCCUCCGCGCCGCCAGAGCACAAUUUCUGUUCUCAUCCUGAAGAAAAGUUCUUAACCUGAGGUACUAUUUCUGGGUUAACGGAGUCUGUAACCUGAAGCGUAUGUAACCUGAAGCGUAUGUAACCUGAAGCGUAUGUAACCCGAGGUACCACUGAAUAUCAUUGUAAGUGUCAGGGUGCAGCAGCAACAUAAGCAACUACCGUACUUUUCCGUCUAUAAGACACCCCCAUGUAUAAGACACCUAUUUGGGGGGACUGAAAUUUCAGAACAUGGGGGGAGACGGCAAAAAGUUGUUGAGCUUCUUUGGGGGGGGGUGCCAAAAAUCGCUCAGCCGCACACGUCGCAAAAUCCGUCUCCCGUCUGUCACCUUGCUGGCAGAAGCUGCCAAUCGCCGCCCAAUUGCCACAGCGUUGGCCAAUCAAUACCACCCAUUGACGCAACAACCAAUAACACACACAAUAGCUGCUGACAGCCGCAGCAGCAACCAAUCAAAUGUCCACCCUAUGCACUACCCAUGUAUAAGAUGACCCCCACUUUUUAGCAUGAAUUUUAAGGGGAAAAACCUAGUCUUAUACACAGAAAAGUUAUUCUAAUUCAAAAGGUUAACCUUUCUGUUUAACUCACUUUGUAGAUAUCGCAAACAAAUGGAAGAAAUGCAGAAGGCUUUUAAUAAAACUAUAAUAAAACUUCAGAAUACUUCACACAUAGCCAAACAGCAGGUAUGUCUACUGGGUGCACCCUUGUUUCUCUUGUAAUUACGCAAAAAGGGGCCUAACCAUGAAAUAAAAGCGAAAUAAAGUAAUAUUUAUUAUUAUUAAAAUGUGCAGCUCAGACUCAGGUUUCACUUUAUUUGCCUCUUAAGUACUCGUGGGUCUCAUUUUUCCUGGAAAUAGUCCAUUAGUUGACGGUCCGCAUAGUGAAUUGACUAUUUCCAUUGGGUCCUAUGGGAAAUUUUCUAAACCACGGAAGUUUGCCUCCAAAAUGAUGAAAAAGCCAAGGACAACCCUCUGGGGCUUUACUAAAGUACAGAUCACUACAGCUUCUUUUUUUAAAAAAAAAAAAGUGCCAGGCAGCGCCCGCGGGUCUCAAACCGCUGGAAGCAAUUAGGGGAUCUAAGCAAUGCUUUGGUCGAUGGAACUGCUGGGCUGAGCUGGCUCAUCACUACAGCUUCUCAACCAAACUGCAAAAGGCAAACGAGGAAGUGAAAAAAGGUUGUCUUGUUUUGAAUCUGCAGUGUGCAUAGUACUAUGUCCUUACUUUCGGAUAAGUGAAUUUUCACAUAGCGAGCCUUCAGAAAGUCGGCCCUGUGUAUGUGCAAGUUUUAAAAAGCUGACAGUUCAUGUUUUUUGUAGAUGGAUUCCUGUUAGUACCCUUCUGUAAUUUUAAAUGGUGGCUGCGGAGUAAACAGCCUUAUUUGGUUUUAGUUUGUAGCUAAGGCCAUUUUUUCUGUAUUUCCUGUAGUUGAUGCUUUCCCCUUCCACUUAGUGGACUUCUUCUGAAGCAGAAUAUUCAGAACUGCUGCUUAGCUCAUGAAGCCAAAGACACACUUUGGGUCCAACUACAUUUUCUGUCUGCAGCCUGUAGCAGCAUCUUGUGAACUGGAGUGACCUGAGUGCCAUAACAACAGAGAAGCUUUAAAGAACCCCACAAAGGUGGGGAAUAGAGCUGAGAUCUUGAACAUUGUUCUCAGUGCAGAAUUUUCCUAUGCACCAGACAUUUGGUCUGCUAAGCAAAAAAUUAAGGGCGAUCUAAAGACUGUGAAGAAGGAACCCCUAGUUUAUUUGUUCACAUGUUCUAGGUAUUUCUUAUUCCCUCAUCUUGUUCUUUAAGCCUUGGACUUGUGUCCUCAUUAGUAUUUUAAACAAGGGCGUGCCUUAUCUUGUAUGGAAAGCUAGAAUGAAAGGGAAAGAAUGCUUCACUUCUCUUCUUUGCCUAGGAUUUGAAGCAGACAGAGGCCAUCCAGCUGCUGCAGGCUCAGCUGACCAACAUGACACAGCUAGUCUCCAAUUUGUCGCUAACUGUGACUGAGCUAAAAAGACAGGUAAAAAUCUGAAUGUGGAACAAUGUUUUGCAAAUGGAAUGCUAAACCUAGAACUCCAACUGUAGAUUGCCGUGUAAAUAGUUCUGUAUUUGAGUAAAACAGAUUGCUUACAGAUAAAUUUGAAGUAACUUCCCCGGUGCAAAAGGAGUUUUUAAGCUCUCCUCUCCCUGGGUGCUGGGAUGCUCACAGGGACUCAGGUGGCCUCGUGAGAGCAUUCCAGGGCUCCUGGAGGUGGUGUGCUGGUUCCAGAAGCCCUGGGAUGGUCACUCAGGGGUUCAGAUCUAAGCGUUUGGGGAAGGUUGGUUGCCUUGAGCACUAAGACCACAAGACUGGACCUCUUGGAGACGGUUGUAAAAACAAAGUAAUGCCCAAAGGCCUUAGAAUAUAGAGAGACCCCAGUAUAUGUCCAGAUAAUGAGAAAUUUGUGGAGGUGGUAGGCCUUUCUCAGCAGUUGCUCUAUGGAUCUCAUACUUUUGUUGAUAGAAAUGUGCUAGCACUUCAUCCAGGCCAGCACAUCAUGCCUGCUUCAGCCGCUCAGCUACAUGUAUGUAUUUCACAUUUAACCCUUUAAAAUCUGUCCUUGUUUAGGUCUCUGAUCGCCACAGCUAUCUUGUGAUUUCCUUGAUACUCUGUGCCAUCUUGGGUUUGAUGCUCUUUCUUCAGCGUUGCAAAAAUAAAUCAGAGUUAAAUUAUGACUACUUCUCAAAAGUUCCCAAAAGUAAUCACUAUCCUAGUCCGAAAAGGUAACGUGUUUCUACUUUACUUUUGACUUUUUAAUUCUAAGGAAGAACAUGGAUAUAAGAGUGUUAUUUGACACUGUCAGUCUUCUUGGUGGUGUCUGCUGCCAGACAGCUUUGGAAACUUUUUCCCUAGGGAAGCCAGACUGGCUCCCUCCUUGUGGUCCUUCCAUCAGCAGGUGAAGGACCACCUUGUUCCAACAGGCUGCUGGGAACUGGCUGCUUUUCGGGAAAGGGCUGGGGCCAUGCUGCUUUAUUGUAAUUAUUUUUAUGGUUUUAAUAGAUUUUGUGUCCCUGUUCGUUUAUAUAGCUUUAAUUCUAUCAAUGUUUGAUUGUUUUUAAUGUCCCCCCCCUCCACCUUUCUAUUUUCUUUUGGUUUUCAUAGACCACAAGGAUACACACAAUGUCUGCUUUCAAUGCCCAGAGCCCUUUCUAUAAGUCAGUUACAUUUGGUGUGAGACCCUGUUGUCAUAGACACUGUGAGGUUGAGGAGAAAGAAGGGGGGUAAUGACCUUUCAUUCCUUGACCCUCCCCAAUCAUCUGUUUUCUCAGCAUUUGUUACCAUAUGCUGUGUCUGCCCUGCGAGGGUAGAAGGGUCCUUACACCAUAGUUUUGAGAUGGAUGCAGUUGCCACUUAUUCUGUUUUCGCUUGUGUGAUUUUAUAUAUGGAUGGGAGACUUGGGCUCCAGGACUUAUGUGUGCACACUGGUUAAGGGUGACCUUGAAAAGAGAGUGGCGGAGAGGGUGCCUAAUUCUUGCUUCCCUGUGUCCUGGAAGAUCAUCUCCUGCAGGGAUGACCGGAUAUUCUCUCUGCAAGGGGCAGCCACCACGGCAGCCUUUCAGGACAAUAUUUCCUUGGAGGAAAUUUGCAAGGUGGCUCCUUGGCCUCCCAGCAUACUUUGCAAAAUACGACAACGUUGAUGUUUUAUCUUCUGCAGACACUGCAGAUGGAUGGAGCAAAGGGUCUAAGUGCCUUGAUUCUGGUAGGCCCAUCCAGGAAAGGCACUGCUUUAUAUAUCCCAAAGUUUCUGGAAUUUUCUCCUGGAGCCACAUGAGAAAAGGGGCCUUUCUUAAUGCCAGUUCACAUUCUUUGUACUUUGGUGGACCACGGUCCUCUUCACAGGCCUUCGCCUCACUAUUCGCCUGGGGUGGUAGUCGUGGACUGUCAGCUUGACUCCUGCCUGUCUCCUGCGAGCAGGAAGGCAUAGAAGGUUUUCUUCAUGUUUGGCACCAGUUGCACCUUUUAAAAAAAUGUUUUUAUUACCCAGAGGUUCCUGGAGGGCUGUCCUUAGUCUGGGGUGGCUCCUCCCUUCGGAUGGGACAGGCAAAAUUCCUGACCACCACCCCUCUAGGGAUACAGGCUUUGCCAUGCAGGGGCAGCGGGCGGGAUGCACUGGUUAGAAUGACAUUUGGAUCUUUUGUUUUUUACACUUUUUAAAUUAUUAUUUGGUUCAUUUACCUCCAAGAGGAUCCUCUUGAUUGAACCCUCCCUCUGGGAGUCGGCCAAUAAGAACUUAUGGCAAGAAAAUUUCCUUUCGCAGAUAAUGCCUGUGAAAAUGCCAUCUGUGGUGUGAUUUGCAUAUUAUGUCCAGCGAAGAUUAUUUGGAAAGGCAUGCUUGAUAGAUAUUCCAGAUUCAAUGGCUAGCUUACCAUAAAGCUACAAAUAUGCUGAUGGCUAUUUAAUCCACAUCAGUUUUCCCCGGUACUGAUGCUUCAUGGAACCUGUGCUCUUGGUAGCUUUUAAGCUCUUUAAGCUCUUUCAACUUGAAGUUGAAAGGACAGAAUUCUGGGAAUUCUCCGGGUUGGAAGUCUUGAAGUUGGGUUUAGGACAAGGAACUCCUAAGGAAUGACAGAAAGAAAUGAAAUAAUUAUUUCCCAUCUGGAUCUGAAGUUGCUGUGUAUUUUCAUCCACAGAUGUGUUUCUUCCUAUGAUGAUAUGAGUUUGAAAAGAAGAACUUCCUUUCCACUCACCAGGUCUCAGUCUUUUCAGCUGAAUAGUAAGGAAGGUAGGAAUGUCACAGGUUCAACUACCUGUCUCUGGGUGUAUUGUAAAAUCUGUACAGUGUCAAAUACAGAACAAUAUCUGUUUUGUAUGGAGAAAGAUCUCAUGUUGGUUUAAUUUAGAAGCAACUUGGUAAAAGUAUGGGCAGUUAAAGCCCUCCCUCCACUAGAUUUCAUUAUUUAUACCCGACCCAUUUGACUGGGUUUCCUCAGCCACUCCGGACAGUUUCCAACACAUAUAAAAGCAUAAUAAAACGUCAAACAUUAAAAACCUCCUGAUACAGGGCUGCCUUCAGAUGUCUUCUCAAAGUUGUAAAGUUCUUUAUCUCCUUGACAUCUGAAGGGGGGCGGGGUGUUCCACCAGGAGGGCACCACCACCGAGAAGGCCCUGUCUAUUGGUACAUGUAUCCUCCCCCCACUGCUUUUGCAAUUCCAAAUUGCACAACCUAAUGCUAUGAGUUCUCUCUAAUUCAAAUGAGUUCUCUCAUCCACCAAAGCUGAUUUAAAUUCAGAUUGCCCAGGAAAAAGCAGGUAGCAGGAGUUUUCCCUCUGAGAUGGAGGAAGACCCCUCUGCCAGGGCUGGGAAGGCCGAUUUUGACUUCUGUAUCUGGAAUAGGAGGAGCUUAUUUUCUUGGUCUGUUGAUUUCCUCUCAGAGCCCUUUGCUUGACCUUCCAAAAUACUUUGGCUCUAUUCAACCUUGUAUUAAUAAAGGGAGAAUAACAGUUCUGUGUGAAGCUGGUGGUCUGCUUAUAGAGUCUGAUUUUUGACCCUUAUCUUUUAGUGGAUCCAGAGGACUUGUACAUUGUAGAACCACUGAAGUUUUCCCCAGAAAAAAAGGUACAUUGUAGAAAGGCAUUUGUUCUAAACUCACUAUGUGUGCGUGCAUGUCUGCAUUUAAAGUGAAUCAUGCUUUUUAAAGAAAUGGCUAGAGUGUGCUGCUGCUGCUGCCGCUGCUGCUACAUUGCACAUAAAAGAAUUUGCAGAAAGUAUUGGAAGUGGACCUGGAAAAUCCUGCCUCUGAACUGAGGGCCUUUACUUACCAAUUCUGUUUUUCUUUUUUUAGAAGAAACGUUGUAAAUAUAAAAGUGAAAAAAUUGAAACCGUCAGGCCAGUAGCAGAACCAGUGCAGCAGGUAGCUAAUGGCGAAAUAAAAAGCAAGAAGCCCUUUACCAAUCAGAGAGACUUCUCUAAUAUUGGCGAUGUGUAUCACUCUUCAUACAAAGGUCCCCCGUCGGAAGGGAGCUCAGAAACCUCAUCACAGUCUGAGGAGUCCUACUUCUGUGGCAUUUCGGCGUGUGCAGGUUUGUGUAACGGACAAAUCCAAAAGACAAAAACUGAGAAGAGGGCUCUCAAACGAAGGCGGUCUAAAGCCCCAGAGCAGGAGAAGCUCCUAAAAACAUUAAUACAGACUAAGACGGGAUCCUUGCCAAGUCUGCACGAUAUCAUCAAAGGAAACAAGGAUUUAACCGUGGGAACACUCGGUGUCACAGCUGUUUCUGGGCACCUUUAAAACUAAUUGAACUCUUCCUAAUGGGAGCUUUUUGUACGACAAAUCUUGUAGUAUUUGGGUUGACAGGGAAGGAGGGGUUGGCUAAUUGGGAAACAUUUAGAAGGUACGUUGGUUCUUUUGCAAAUAGAUAGGACUGUGGCAGCAACCACCCUUAGUUAAUAAGCCUCCGCUUUUUCAAGGCUGAUUUUCUAUGUGGAUGACUUUGGGAUGGGUGGAGAUGGCAGGGUGGGGACUCAUUUUAUACAGUGUUUUUCACAAUUGCUGACGGUGAGGUCUUGAAACUCAUUUUGGGUGGAGCAGAGUUAAAGCAUAAAUGUUUCCCAUAUUGCUGUUCCCCUGUUUCUAGCACCUUCCCAUAUUUAUGUGCCUUUUUGUCUAUUUAUAAUACCACUGGAAGGGAGAAUUAUUUUAUUUGUACCUUCAAAUUUUAUGGAAAUACAACACUACAGUGCUAGGGAAGAAGAUGCUGGCUUCCAGUGAGGUUAAGUAAUGUGACUGGGAUACUGUGGAAAUGCCGCCGGGUGGACUUUCUCUUUGAGAUCCACUUUGCAAGCUCACUUGUGGCUGAUACAUCUUUGAUGGUACAGUAUCCCUGCUUGGAUGUAUUACUUAAAACAUGUUUUGUAGCCCAACUGACUUGAUUAACAGAGAUAAUUAACAUUAUGACCUUUAGUUGUCUUCCUGCGCUAAUAAAUUGGGAGGAAAGAACCAUUUAUGCCAGUUUAUGCACCAUUUAUGCACACUGCCAGUCAGUAGACAUGCACCAGUGAGUUUGUCAAGCUUCACGUUCUAUUUUCUGUUUCAAAAAGUAUGUUUAUAAAGUUUGCUUUUUGUAUUGAAUGACCUUAUGUUCUUUGUGUGUGUGCCAGUAUGCGUUUGUACUUUCUCUUGUGAAGUUUUUUAAAAAAUUGCAUAUCUGGAAUGUGAGUACAUGAGAGUGAAUGUGAUAGAAGGUCCAUUUUGAGAGUUUAGAGGUUGUUGUAUAAGUUAACUUAUUAAGCACUUUUAGUAGAUCCUCCUUUGUUUUCUUUUCUUGAAAGAGCUAACGUCUUUUUCCAAAUAUCAUUCGUAAUGUGACUUAUUUAAAGCCUGUUUUGAAAAUUCCAUGUUUGAGUACUUUUUUACAGUGAUGAACUUAAGUAUGCACAGCUAGCCAGUCAAAGAAGUGGACCUGGGUUUGGCUUUGUUUGUUUGUUUGUUUGUUUGUUUGUUUAAUAACAAGGAUUAAGAAGUGGGUCCAAACCAGAAUGGCAAUCAUAAUGGUGAUACUGUUUGCGUGAAGAAUACAAAAUUGAGGCACUAGAACUUGUAAUAAGUAACUACAGAUUUGUAGUGCCAGUAGAAACUGUGAAUUUCCAAAUAAAUCUGAACACUUGUCUUUAAAAUACAU